AUGGCUCUGCGGGCAAGAGAUGUGCUCCAGACGGUUCUUGAACACGGGCAUGGAUUAGCCGCACCGGGUAAUUUCACUCCGCACACUUCGACGCAGAUCCCGGCACCGUUUCGAUCACUCUGGGCACCAUCGGACGAUCAAGCGAACUUCAAUCCGUUCUCUAUGGGUCUAGAUCAGAGUAUACCGGGGUAUCCACAGGGGUCUUUUAACGCAGAAUUUCUAGAUGCAACAGCUGGUUUGAUGAUACAGAACUUCUUUGAUAGUACCGAUGAACGGCAAAAUAACUCAUGCAUGCCUGGGUAA